ACAAGUGUAAAUAUAUCAAACAUUCAUUGGCUAGAUAUAUAGUAGAUAUACACAAGCUAAAGUGAAACACGUAUUUUCUACAUAUUAUCGCAUUCAGAUAUAAUAUUUUUAGCAAGGAAAAGAAGGCACCAUAUUUCUUAGCGACCAUGAAGGUAGUAGUCCAGAGGGUUGCCCAUGCAAGCGUUUCAGUUGAUGGGAAGCUGAUCAGUGAAAUUGGCAAGGGAAUAUGUGUCCUAGUUGGACUAUCCAAGCAUGAUACAACAAAAGAUGUUGAAUAUAUGAGCCGGAAGCUGCUGAGUCUGCGCGUGUUCGAGGACGCCGAGGGGCGGCGGUGGGCGCGCGGCGUGCGGGACGCCGGCCUCGAGCUGCUCUGCGUCAGCCAGUUCACACUCUACUGCCAGCUGAAGGGCAACAAGCCCGACUACCGGCACGCGAUGGGCGGCGAGGAGGCGCGGCAGCUCUACCAGCAGCUGGUGGACCAGCUCCGAGCCGACUACAGCCAGCACAAGGUCAAAGAUGGUGUGUUCGCGGCUUACAUGCAGGUCUCGAUUCAGAACGACGGGCCCGUUACAAUCACGCUGGAGUCGCCAUCGUCUGGAGGCGCGGACAGCAAAGCCGGCGACACCGAGAGCUCCACGAUGGAGUCUGGCCGGCGGCGGGCCGACUCGGCGCCAGCCGAGGAUCUCACCUGGUACCAGUACUACGCUCCCGGCGGCCAGCCCGCCGAGGGACUCGUGGCACAGGGAGACUACUUCACACUCAACGGACAGCAGUUCCAGAUUUUCAGCGGCGCCGUGCACUAUUUCCGGAUCCACCCGGCGUACUGGCGCACCACGCUGCGCAAACUGCGAGCCGCCGGACUCAACACGGUCGAGACGUACGUCGCCUGGAACCUGCACGAGCCGCGAGUCGACGUGUACGACUUUGGAGACGGAGGGAACGACAUGUCCGACUUCCUCGACCUGCCAGGAUACCUGCGUAUCGCUCAGGAGGAGGAUCUUUUCGUCAUCCUGAGACCCGGGCCGUACAUAUGCUCAGAGUGGGACUUUGGCGGCCUGCCCAGUUAUCUUCUCCGCAAGUACAACAUUCAUGUGCGAUCUUCCGACGAGUACUAUAUGGAUCGGGAGAGGAAGUGGCUGGCAGAGCUGCUACCCCGCGUCGCCGGCCUUCAGUUCACCCGCGGGGGAUCUAUCAUCGCUGUGCAGGUGGAGAACGAAUACGGUGCCUUCGGUUACGGCGACUUUCCGCGUGACCUGAAGUACCUGGAGCACGUGAAGCAGCAGCUGGAGCUGAACGGUGUGGUGGAGCUGCUCUUCACCUCCGACUCGCCACGCUACUCGGCGGAUCUGGGAGCCCUGCCCGGCGUUCUGCAGACGGCCAACUUCCAGAAGGACCCGGAGCCGCAGCUGGAGGCCCUGAGACGGCUCCAGGCCGACCGUCCGCGGCUGGCGAUGGAGUUCUGGACGGGCUGGUUUGACCACUGGCUGGCCCCCUUCAAAGCCGGCCUCGCCUCGGACGAGUUUCGCGAUGUUCUGGAGACGAUCCUGCGCAGUGGCUGCUCGGUCAACAUGUACAUGUUCCAGGGUGGAACCAACUUCGGCUUUCUGGCCGGCGCCAACCAGGUCGACGUCAGCCCGUACCUGCUGACCGACGCCACUAGCUACGACUACGACGCGGUGCUGACCGAGGGUGGCCGGUACACGGAGAAGUACAACAUCACCAGGGAGCUGCUGGCCCAGUACUCGGUGGUCAAGUCGAUCCGGCCGGUGGCGCCGCCGGACGAGUUCGCCGUGGCCGCGUUCGAGCCGGUGCCGCUGACCGAGACCGUGCCGCUGGAGGGUGUGCGCGCCCAGCUGAUCGGUCAGCCGAGCGACACGCUGCUCAGCAUGGAGCAGCUGGACGUCAACGGCGGCUCUGGCCAGAGCUACGGCCUGGUCUGGUACCGGGCCACCAUCAGCACGGCCACCGACUCCCAGAUCACCAUCCGCGGACACGUCAGGGAUAUGGCUCUGGUGCUCGUCGACGGCCAGCUAUUGACGGAGAAACUACAGGGCAGCGUCACGCUGAACUCCUUCGGCUACUGGGUUACCAGGGACGCGUCCAUGACCCUGCCGUGUGCGGCCGGGGCGCACACGCUCGAUAUACUGGUGGAGAACAUGGGCAGGGUCAACUACGGAAAGCCACACGUCCUGAACGCCCAACGCAAAGGCCUGUACGAGGGCCCGGUGCUGAUUGAUGGCGUUGCAGUCACCGGCUGGGAAAUCUACCCCAUGGAGAUGAAGAAGGACUGGAUCAACAACCUGGAGGGCUGGACUCCACUGGAGGAGGGCAGCGCCGUCUCCGUCCCCACUAUGCUGAGGGGCACUCUGAGAGUGGACCAGCCGGCCGACACCUUCCUCGACAUGAGAAACUUCACCAAGGGGGUGGUGUUUGUGAACGGCUUCAACCUGGGCCGGUACCUGAGCGCCGGGCCCGUGUUCACGCUCUACCUGCCGGCGCCGCUGCUCAACGUCGGAGACAACACGUUGGUGGUAUUUGAAGAGUUUGCCGCCGCCGAUCUCGUGCUCCGAUUCUCGGCCAAACCCAUGGCGCUGGAGACGAGAACGGUCAGUCCCGAUUGGGCGCCCAUCAGCCCCUGAGCUGCCCGACACCGGCCCCAUCAGCCCCACAGUUAGCCCCGGCUGGGUGCCACUCAACCCCUGGGAGUGAAAGGUUCUGAUCGGGAGCUGUGAUCAGCUCAGGGGAAGCAGUCAGUCAUACCAGGGCACACCGAUCUGUCCCUGGGAGCAGCCAACUUCGACUUAGCACCCAACAGCGCCUGAGGCCUGAGAGCAGCGGUCGGACCGGACAAUACCAUGCACUUAAUACGACGCGUACAUACGAGAUCAGAUGUGUCUUAUAGAUAUCCAGCAUGCAUACGAUAGACAAUUAUAUGCUAUAUUUGUAGUGUGUUUCAACAUAGUUUUAUUUAGGGCAAUGUAUUCUAUUAUGAAAGCUGGCUGGACUUUCCAGAUCUGCCUACUUUGCUUACAAAAUGUUAUGCUAGUGUUAUUUCGAUGUAUUUGUCGGAUAUAGACGGGUCUAUGGCAUUCGUGAGCCGUUACAGCA